AUGGCGGACCUAGGCCUCCUCCCAUCCGUCUUCGACAGUCAUGCCACUCGCACCGGAACCCCAUGGGUUGCAAUCACUGCAUCAACCGCUAUCACCAUCGUCGUCUCCUUCCUCGGUUUUGACAACAUUAUUGCAACAUCGAACUUCCUAUAUAGCAUGGGCACGCUGCUCGAGUUCUCGUCCUUCCUCUGGCUCCGAGUCAAGUACCCAACACUGAAGCGCCCUUACCAUGUGCCUCUGCCACUGCCCGCGCUCAUGGCCAUGUGCAUUGUGCCAUCGGUAUUCCUUUCUUACGUGUGCGUGGUUGCCGGGUGGAGGGUAUUCACCAUUGCUGCAGGGCUGACCGCGCUCGCUGUCGGGUGGCACGGCCUCAUGAGGCUUUGCAGUUCCAAGAAGUUGCUCAGUUUUCGCGUGCCCGAAUCAUCGGGUUGA